UCCGCACCUUCGGCUCCUCCGCGGCGCUCGGCCGGGACUUGGCUUUCUCCCGCUCAGCACCGACAAGGCCGCACUUUCGGGGUGCGACGCCGACGGAACUCAACUCUGCGGCCGCCGUGGGGCCGGGGAGCGCUCGGUCAGAGCACGUUUCCGGUGUUUCUAUGGCGAUCGGCCGCCGCGGCCAGGCCGCUCUUCCGGCUCUAGCCGGAGGGGGAACUAAAGUCGCCGAGGCUCGGGCGGCGGGGCAGCGAGGAAGGUCAGAGCAGCAGCUCGCUUCCGGCGUGGCCCGAGGCGCGGGGGAUGAGGCGGGGCCUGCGCUGUCAAUCUCUGGGCCGCGCUCCCGCGCGCUCCCCGCGGGGCUGGCACUGGCGCGCGGCGGCGGAGGCCGGGAAGGCGGUCGGGAGCCCCAGCAAAACUCGUCUGUGGUGGCAGUCAAGAUGGCAGUGGCUGCUUGGGAGACACAGAGGACUUCUGGGAGCCCGACACAUUCCAGUUUUUGCUAUGAGACUCAUGGUGCUCACUGGAGGAAACUGUCUGUAGAUAGUUGCCAGUGUUCCAGGACUGGGAAGGGUGAGAUGCUGAAAGGCCUCGUCCUCAACUGGAGAUCUCGGCACCGAGGAGCCCCGCAAAGGGGGCCUAGGCCCACCGCUGGACCGGCUCCGACGCACGCACCCCUCGAGCCUCCUUCGGGCCCGGGGUCUUUAGACAAGCUCCCCGCCCAGACUCUGCUCCCGCCUCAGACAGGAUCGAACAGGAGCUCUCCGCCUGCACCGUAGGCCGCGCCUCCCGGCUCAGACCCGACUUCUCUCUCCGUCCUUGCCUUGCCCCCGGGAUGCUCUCCCCAGACUCUGCGUCCUCCUCGGGACUCCCGCGACGAGGCUGUGUUUGUCUGACAGGAUUCCCCACGGCUCACAGGCCUCGCUCUCCGCGUCGGACGGAAUUCUCCCGCGACAUUCAGCCUGGACCCCCUCCGCCCCCGCCCCGAUCCCGAGUCCCGCUGAGGCAGGACUCCUCCCUCGGAUAGGACCCUCCCCACCCAGACUCUGCUUUCCCCUCCUGCGGGAUUUCCCGUCCCGCUCCGCACCCCUCGCCCCAAGUCGGCUUCGUGCCGUAGAAUUGCCCCGCUGUGGGGGGUUCAUUCCGUUGCGCUCUUGGAAAAGCAGCUGCCUAAAAGAUGGGCAGGGGUCGUUUGUGGGGCCGCGGGACUCGCUGCUCUGGACCCCUUGGAAUCUCUGCUUUGGGCAGGUUUCAGUGUUUGCCAUGUUAAACAAUAAAACGGUUAAAACCCAAAAGUCAUCCACUUGGCUCAGAAGGGGACUUUCUCCUGGGACUGGGACCCCGCCGCCCCCUUCGCUCUCAACCCCGCCUCUCCCCAGCACGGCUGGGCGCGGCGACCGGAGACUUCUCCGGGCUUGGCCUAAGGGGCGGGAACUGAGGUGGCGGCGGGGACGGCCAAAUCGCCUGCGCAGUACCGCGGCCAGGGGCUGCGGCUGGAGGGGGCGCCAGAGCG